AUGCCAAAGGCUGUUGUACACCAUACAAAAUUUGGAUGUGUCAACUACAAUGACAUCAAGGUGAUAGCACGUAUUGAAGAGGCGUGCGACACUGUCAGGUCCAGGAAACUUCCACAUCUUGCAGCUGCAUCUCUGCAGUUUGGAAUCAACUAUGGUACACUUCACAACUGGUACCACAAAUUAAGCAAGCCUACCAAGCAGGCCCAUGAAAACAAGUGUUUGAUGAAUGAUGAGGAGGAGGCUGUCUUGGUUGACUGGAUCAAGUUUCUUGGGAUGGUUGGUCGCCUGAUCACCAGAGUAGUGUUUAAAGGUUCAGUUCAGUCCGGUUUUUUGCCCCGAAAAUGCGCAACCAUGGACCGCAACCGGUCCAGGACCAACCCAGAUAUUAAGGGAACCGAACUGAACCACAGGACCGGUCUUUUCCAGUCCAUAAUACUGUAUAGUAAAUCAUCUAUGACUGAAACCGAAUUACAUCUCCUCAAGACUUGGGCAAAAUUUAAUGUGGCAACUAUGCAAAAUGAUGAAAAUUUGAUUCUUAACCGUUUUUGA